CACUUUCACACGUCCAACAUGGAGUGGGGUAUGAACAUCAUCAAGUACCUGCUAUUCGCUUUCAACCUCAUUUUUGCGCUCUCUGGACUGGCCAUCAUCCUAGUUGGAGCUCUGGUCCUGACAGAAGUCGGCAGUUACAGUCACUUCCUGGAGAACAAGGUCCUUGCUCCUCCCAUAGUCCUGAUCAUCGCAGGGUCCAUCGUGUUCUUCAUCGCUUUCCUCGGCUGCUGCGGAGCUAUCAAAGAGAACUACUACAUGCUCAUUGGGUUCGCAGUGCUGCUGUUGGUGAUAUUUGUGAUCGAACUGGCCGUGGGUAUCGCGGCAAGCGUGGCCAAGGAGGAGUUCGCCAGCGCCAUGAGGUCCACGCUCAAGCGUUCCAUGGGUAACUACACUCACUCACAGACCGAGCAGUCGGCUUGGGACUCCAUGCAGAGGAAGCUGCGUUGCUGCGGAGUAGAAGGACCGCAGGGAUGGAAUGAGGUAUUCGCAGACGGUAGUGUGCCAGGAUCUUGUUGUGUCGCCAACGUCCAGAAUGACCCUAACGCUCUCUGUCGCAACUCUGACGACCCGACACAAGUCUUCCAAGACGGCUGCUACGAGCGACUCAAGACCAAAACCAAAGAUAACAUCGUCAUCAUCAUGGCUGUCGGAAUUGGGAUAGCGUUCAUUGAGCUGUUAGGGAUAGUCCUAGCCUGCUGCCUGGCACAAGCAGUCAGGAAGGAAGAGGAGAUGAAAAAGUUGGCAGUGUUGAGAAUAUGGACGACGGCUGAAGACGAGAAAGCCAGUAGAAGACAAGAGACAGCCUCCCCGGCAACUGAAGUUGCUUAGUUCCUGCCCGUCAAGGGCCACUUUUUGUACCUUUCUCCAAUAAAAU